AUGGGGUUGGAGAGGAGCCGCCGGCUGCUGGUGCUCUACGGAUCCCAGACCGGAACAGCCCAGGACGCCGCCGACCGCGUGGGAAGGGAGGCGGUACGCAGGGGAUGCCCUUCCGUAGAUGUUCUCUCUGUGGACGAAUUCGACGCUGUGAGGAUUCUUCGCCAUUGCUGUUGGAUACUCCUUGCGAUUUAAUGAUUCAAUUUUAGGAAUCGCGUGUUUCCCUCUUGAGCUUUCUUCUGCUAUUUCGUGUUUUUCAACGAGGCAUGAUGACUUUUUGGGAUUUUUUUUUGGCGCUGCUGAUAUAUGAGAUCAAUCAUCUCUCCACUCUUUUCCUUGUUUCUCUAUGCUGUUGCAUCCUGAUUGGUCUUCCUCCUAAGGGGUAACUUCCAAUCGUUCCUCUCGGUCGUCGGUUUUCUUCUGAUGAUCCUACGUUUGAUGUAGGUGACUUUAAUUUUUUUCUCUUUUCACCUGGUAAUUUGGAGGUAUUUGGGAAAGCUUUUUUCAUAGGACACAAUUUGACCUUCAAAUGAGUUUUCGUUCCAAGAAAUUGGUUACUUACGGAUUCAGUUUUAUGUUAAUGAGAACAGUUCUUCACAAGAUGUAAAGUGCCAAAACGACCCAUGUGAGCUGAAAAUUUUUACUUUUUAUUUUUUGUUUUUACGACAAGAUCUGUCAAUAAGGAAUUUGAUAAGUUGGCUGGAGCUGCUGUCUUUCCACGGUUUCACCAGCAAUAAACUUCAUGAAAAAGGUUCAUUGAUGUUGGGAACUUGAAAAACUGCAGCUUUUGUUCAGAACUUGAGGCUCACUUUACAUAGGGUUUCGAUUGCAGUUUAAGUAGGAUGUUUGACUGAUACUUAUCUUACCUCUGUAAGAGGUUUGCAGUUAAAUCUCAACGCCGGAUUUGUGGGAUCAAUUGUUCUUGUCGUCAUCACAUUCUGGAUUUAAAACUAUUUUUCUUGUGUGAAUGCAAAGAUUGAAUAAAGAUAUUCAGAUGAAAUUUAUACGCUCCGAACCUGACGUUUAUUGGUUGUUCUCUUUGUUCCAAUGGACUCAUGAGUGAGUAGCUCUUUAUAGGUUAACUGUUUCGCGUGAGUUCCUCCUUUGAAAUUGCUUUUUUGUCUUUUGUGAAGUGACAAUGCCCUAAUUCCUACCUAAAUAUUUUAAAUUAUUUUUCUUGGCAUACUUUAGCUGGUUAUUCUAUCUAUGAUUGUUUUUUUAAACACUUGAGUAGAAAAGUUUCCCUCCUUUUUCAGAGAUUGCUACCCAGUGAGGAUGUUGUGAUUUUUGUCGUGUCCACUACAGGCCAGGGCGAUAUGCCAGAUUCUAUGAAGGUUCGUUGAUAAAUUAAAUCGGUGUGCUUUGACUUGAUCAGCUUCCCUCAUUUUUUCUGAAAUUAGAAUAGCUUCUUUUUGCAGGAGUUCUGGAAGUUUCUUUUGCAGAAAAACAUUAGUGAUCAGUGGUUGGAACAUGUUCAUUAUGCUGUCUUUGGACUCGGUGAUUCUGCCUACCAGAAAUAUAAUGUAAUAUAUGCAAUCGAUUUCUACGUUUUUUUAUCUGAAAGGUUGGCAUUCAUGCUAAUUCUGUGCUUCGAAUGGCCCAAUAUUUAUGUCAUCGUCUGGAAAUGUAUAUAUAUCUCUCGUCAUAUCCUCCAAAACUCUCUCUUUAUUCUCUUCAUUUCUAGACUCUUCUUCAGUCUUUUUUCUCUUUAUUCGUUUUUCAUUUUUUCCUUUCCUGGCUUGAAUCAACUGCAAGCCUCUAUGGAUCAGAAUAAGCCCUACAUUUUGUAUUCUUAUUCCUUAAUUUUUUCCCCAUUUCGGCAUCACCCUCAUGAGGAAUUUUGGCUGCAGUGGAGCUGUAAAUGGGGAUAAUGUAAUAAGCUUGCCAUUGACCAUAGAACAGGGGAUAAUGUGUUUGGGGCUAACGCAAUCCUCCAUUAGAUUGCAUUGGAUACUAAUUUUCUUUUUGUACCUUGAUUAAAUGGAUCAAUUUUGCCAUGCACUGGAGGCAAGUAGUUUAUAUGUUCCCAGGUUGAGUUUGAUGGAAGUUGAUCCUCCUAUUCAUCUAAUGAAUUACAAAUCUUGACUCAUAAAAAUUUAAGUUCGAUCUUCAAUGCGUUCACCGAGGCACCCCUAGGCAACAAGGUGUUGGGGGGGGGGGCGGGGGUGGGGGGGUGGGGAGGGGGUGGGGGGAAGAAAAAAGAAAAUAAGGAAAACAGACUUGUUAUGGCCUUAACUUCAGCGAAAACUUGUUCUGUUGGUGGUCAUGAGGCAGUUUCCUUAUGUAAUAGUUCAUAAAUCACCUUGAAUUGAUGAUCGGUGGUCUCAGUUUUUAAUGCAUUGAAUGCUUUAUGGUGGCCAACUUCAACUUUGUGUGGCACAUCUUUAUCCUGUGUGAAGCAGAGAUUUAGAUGUGUACACAGUUUAGAAAACAGAAAAAAAUAAGAUCCAUUGGUGCUUCUUCCUUUCACAAUGUGGAUGCACAUGCUUGGAUGAAUCUGUGCAUGCUUAUUCGAAUUGAGUAGUGUUUCCUAUGUAUACUGAAACAUACUGAAUAUAUAGUUUCUGAGCAGGAUUUGUUGAGGAUUUCCCGUUUUUUAAGAUUUUCUGAUUGAAAUUCUUUGAUUUUUUUUAUCAUUUCAGUAGAGAAUAAGCCUUCAAAAUUAGUCUGCAUUAAAUUAUUGAUUCAUUAAACGGUACUUUCGAAUUACUUGUGUUUGAUUUUACUUUCUCCAUAUAAGUUGGCUUAUUAUGAUUUUGAAAAUAAUUUUAUCCUCAACAUGCAUGAUACUGAUGAGGGUAGUCAAACUUCCUGUUAAUGGGCCACUUUUAUGAAGGCUUUUGAGGUCAAUGUUGAUAUUUUAUUGCAUAUCUCUGCCUCCUCCUCAUAUUUAUGCUAAUUACUGAAGAUAGUUUGCAGCAAAGAAGCUGGAUAGGAGGCUCCUGAACAUCGGAGGAAAGCCUUUAGUCCAAAAAGGCUUGGGAGAUGACCAGCAUCGUUCAGGGUAUGCUAUGAUCUAAGGUUGUUGCUGGCCAUGUAAACAUGUUUUAAACAGUACAUUGAUGCUCUAGUGUAUAAUUGUUGAAUGAUUGACUUUGACGUUAACUUAUCAUUUCUCGUUUUUAUGAAAUAACAUUUAUUAGGGAUAUUUGUCAAUUGGUGAGCAUUUCCUCCUUUAAUGCCCUGUGUGAUCAGUUUUUGGGCAUUUGAGAUCUUCUUCCUUCAUUGAUUGAACUUGGAGACUUUGUUACAGCUUUUGUUGCGUUGCUAUUUAGCCAUCUAAAGAUGAUGACGCAGAGAUAUAUAAAGUUAUUUUCUUAGAAGAACGCCCUGUUUUCUCAUUCACAGGAUCAUCACGUUUUCACUAUCUGUGUGGUUGAUAACUUGCUGCAGACAGAGAGAUCUAUGUCGGUUUAUGGAAAUUGUUUUAUUUUUUUAAAUACUUCUUCGGAUUAUCUUCAUUUUUUUGUCUGUACUAAAAUGAAAGCCAUCAAUUUUCCAUUUUUCCGUUCAUACUUUCCUGUUUUACUCAAUUCGUAUUAUAAUUCAGUAUUUGAGCUGACUCAGUGUCGUUUUGGUUUAUUUAUAGAUAUGAGGGUGCUUUUGAUCUUUGGCUUUCAUCUCUAUGGAAUGCGUUGCAUGAAAAGGAUCCUAUGCUGUUACCUAGAAGCAUAGAUAACCUGGACGCUUCUACUCAAUGUUUAGACUCGCCAAAAUUUGAAGUUAUUUUCCAUAGCAUCAAUGAGAUGGUUGCUACAGGUACUUCGACUUUAUCAGGUAAAAAUCCAUUUGGUUACCAGAGAUGCUUUGCUUCACAUUUCAACUCAAAUAACAUUGAUGUUUUUGCAGUUUAUUUGUUAUUUAACUCUUUUCUUAAAGAAAUCGGUGUAUAACUUGAAAUCAGGCGGGUGCAUCUUGUCGGGAAUUUAUGAGGAAAAACAAAAAAAAAACAUAAUCGAAUUUUAUGUCAACAUGAAUCUAAGAAAGUAUAUCAAGAUUUUCAUUCCACUUGAAGAGGCCUGGUAUUUUAAUUGAAUGUUCAACUUCAAGUUGCCUUUUUUAAGUGACCUAUGUUGUGUUGUUUAGUUCAGUAUCUCACACAUUGAUCAGAGUUUUGUACUCUUAUAGCUAUUUUAUAUUAUUUGUUUAUUUUAGGUAAAAGUGAUAAAUAAAUUUGACACAUCGAUAGAUACAUGGCAGUAAAACUUUUCUGUGUCCGUAUAUCUGGUGUUGGCGAUAUGUAGUGUCUGACAUUUGUUUACGUCUAGGUCAGACAUCCAUGUGUUUUCACCAUAGAGCACAGCCUUAGAUAUUUAGACUAAUGGCUAGUCAUAGAAUAUAAUGUAACCUAAAUCACAUUUAAUAGUUGCUGUGGACUUUUACCUGUGGUACUUGGGGGUGACUCGGCAUAUUAGUAGCAGUGUAGUAACUGCCAUUGGUAGCUUAAGAGGAGGUUGGACAGGAGUUGUCAUCUGUAGUUGAAAGUAUCCAUUUCGGUUGCUUUCCAUUUUACACCAGUUUUAACUUGUCCAAGAUACUGCGGGAUCUCGAUCUGAUGGAAAUCUGAUAAUACUUCGCUUUCUGCCUUAAUGAUAUUUGGAAGCGUGGGCCUCAUAACUGAUGAUCAUGCCUUCCGUGUUGGUAGAAUAAGGACGUGUUUUCUGUUGCAGUGAAAUAGGUAGAAGAAUGGUUUAAAAGUUCGGCGUUCAUCUCCUGAAAACCUCGCUGGUUCUUGUAGCACUUAAUAAUCUCGUUUUGUUAAAAGGAACAGAUCAUUUUAGUAUCUCUUCUUUUGAGAAAAUACCAGUGGAACAAAGUUUUCUUUAAUGGAAGGACACACGUCAAGCACAAGCAGCUGGAAGGGAAUAUCCAUGAUGAGGGCUUCAGAGUAUUCGCUUCUGGCAAUCAUAUCCUUUCGAAGGGUUAACUCCUGGGAAAAGAAAGGUUCUGUAUCACAGAUGGAGACUGGAUAAGGCACAAGGGAUCACAGUUGCAGUUUUGACGAUUGAGAUAUGAAUCACUGAAGAUAAUGUGUUCACCCUUACAUUUUAGAACAGAAAUACCCAGUUGAACUCAAGGGCUUGAAAAUCUCACAGGAGUCACGAAUUUCUGUUGAUAACUCCCUCACAGGGAGACAUUGGACUGGUUAGAUUUGAAGGUCGCCUGUAAAUUAGAUGAUUAAUUAUGAGAUUAAUCCAGUAAAACUUGAGUCAAUAAAAUUUGUGUCAUACUUAACCCGUCGGUUCUGACAAAAUCGAGGUUAGAGUUGUUGGAAUCUGACUGUAACAACUUGCUUAGUAUGAAAUUAAAGGAUUUAGGAGAGCCAUUCAUUACUAUCAUCAUUUAUAACUUAUCUUUUUAAGUUCUCCAAUUUCUUGGAAAAAUGGUCCUGAUAGAGCACUUGAUUCAGAAAAUCAUAGUUCGUUUUUUCUAUGUAGAUUUCCUUCAAUGUUCUCACAUUAUUUUGCAUACAACUUUGGAGCAUGUAGUGCGCUGUCCCCCCUCCUGAACGUUUUUUUGGUGAACCCUGAGUCGAAUAUCUAUGACAGAUUUAAACUGCGCCAAGAAUCUGAUUGGGAAAGUUCGCUCAAUGUCUCUUGGAAAAUCCCAUUACAAAAGGCCACAGUAUCUUCUCCAAUUGGUACAACCCUAUCUAUUUCGUGGACUUCAAUAUUUUACCGUUCUGCAUAUUAGUCGUGUACUUGCAUUGUGAUUCAUGUGCAUGCAUGCAUAUGUUAGUAAUGCAUAUGCCCGUAUGCAUGUGCACAUGCAUAUGUUAGUAAUGGCAUGGAAUAAGUGGACUUAUUUGUAGCAGCAUUGAAGUGGAUGGUGAUUUAUCUAUGUGGGAAUGCGUCAUUUUUUCACCUUUUUAAUGUUUAUCCCCUUGUUGUAUCUUGAUUAAGCAAGAAUGUGUUCUACCUUCACUGUAAGGAAGAAAUGAUUGGAAAAUUUAAUUUCAUAUCGUUCUCUUGGUUUUUUUUCAUUGAGAAUUCAGAAUGUAUCUAUUGUAUGAAAAUAUUGUUGGUUUACUCCGAUUCAGCAGCUAUUUGUUCAUAGUGCAUCAACGCAUUGAUAAUUCUUGCAAAAGGCACAGCUCAUCACCUGGGUCUUUUCGAGUCUUAUCUUUUGCUCCUCAGUUAAGGCAUUCUGUAGGCCUCCCUUCCUUUUGAGCUUGUUCUAGGAUUCAUAUGAGCGUUGACUUGUUUUGAGAGGUGAAAGGAAUUAUGAUUCUCAGUAAAUGUUCCUUUUUCUAGAUCACAAAUCAGCAGUUGAUAAAAUCCGACGCUGACGCCGACGUCCGUCAUUUGGAAUUCGAAUCUUCUUCGUCUGUGAGCCCUUUUCUCUGUCUUUCCAUGCCAGAGGUAACUUUUUAGUGUCAGAUGAUUUUGAUCAUUGCUGCCAUUCUCUUCAGGACCUUCGGUACCAAGUGGGAGAUGUUCUUGAGGUUCUCCCUGCUCAGGAUCCGGAUGCUGUGGAGGCCUUCAUCCGCCGGGCAAACCUUGAUCCAGAUUGUUACAUCACGGUACUUAAUUCUUUCCCAUGCCUUUUUUUUUCUCUCUCAUGAGGUGGAAAUGCAGGAUAAGAGCGAAGCUUUAAAUUGAGAACGAAUACUAUAAUUUCUAGUUUAUGCUUAUUAAGUUGGUGAAUAUUUUAUCUUUCAAUCUGCAGAUUAAGUACAAAAUAUAUAUUUUUUUACUUUAUUUAGUGUCUGAUGAAUUGGAUUUUGUGAAAUGCCAAUUCAUGUAAUGUGAUAAUUUCACAUUUAUUGUUGCCAACUAUAUAUAUAUGGUCAGAAGGCUGAGCUUCAUCAUCUUAGAUGACAAUAAAAGAUAUUCCGGUUCCCUUUUAAGGUACAUUUAUUAUUUUAUUUUCCUCAAAGUGUGAAAUAACAAGUGAAGUUCCUAUUUUAGGUCCGACCCAAAGUCAUCGGCAAACAUCACGAUUCUUCUGCGGAUAUGUCAACGCCGCCGGUCAAACUGAGAACAUUUGUUGAGUUGGCGAUGGACGUGGCAUCAGCCUCCCCCCGUCGCUAUUUCUUUGAGGCAAGAUUGACAAAUAUGCUCAUGGGAUUUUUUAAAAUUUUAUUUUGUGUGUGAAAUUUUCCCGAAUAUUUAAUCAUAAUGAUUUAUCUUUUUGCCUUUGAUAACGUGGUAAUUAUUUUUUAUCAUAUUCAUGCAUUCAGACUGCACGAUAAUCUACAAUAAAUCUUUGAAAAGAUUCAUCGCGUGCGCAUAAAUCUUGGAUUUUUAAUGAUAUUAUUAUUUAUUCAUUUACUUAUUUUCCUGUUCCACGCAUCAGGUCAUGAGCUUCUUUGCAAGUGCUGAACAUGAGAAGGAGAAGCUCCAAUACUUCGCAUCCCCUGAGGGCAGGGAUGAUCUCUUCCAGUACAAUCAGAAGGAACGGAGAACCGUCUUAGAGGUAUAAUCCCAUGAUCUGAUCCUCGAUCUCCGAUAUGUUUCCUAAGUUUAGGCCAAAAACCUUGGGUUUAUAUUUUUUAUUUAAAUCCGCGCGCAGGUGCUGGAGGACUUCCCCUCGGUGCAGCUGCCCUUCGAGUGGCUGGUCCAGCUGGCGCCGCCGCUGAGGACGAGGGCCUUCUCCAUCUCCUCCUCCCCCCUGGCUCACCCCGACCAAGUCCACCUUACCGUUAAGGCGUUGACCUGGACAACUCCUUUCAAGAGGAAGCGCUCCGGCCUCUGCUCCAACUGGCUCGCCGGAGUUGUCCCUCGGAAGGGUAAAUAUAUAUUUCUACAAACGCUCUUCCCUCGGCUUCCGAUUCAGCCGCCGUAAUUUACCUUUCCGGGUUACAGGGGUUCCGAUUCCGGCGUGGAUUCACGGGGGGUGCCUGGCGGCGCCGCCGCCUUCGGAGCCGCUCAUUCUGGUCGGGCCGGGGACGGGGUGCGCCCCCUUUCGGGGGUUCGUGGAGGAGCGGGCGGCGCAGAAGGCGGAGGGGGCGGCGGUGGCGCCGAUCCUCUUCUUCUUCGGGUGUCGGAACCAGGAGAAGGACUUCCUCUACCGGGACUUUUGGGUGUCGCACGCUCAAGACGGCGGCGUGCUAGCGGCGGGCAGCGGCGGCGGCUUCUUCGCGGCUUUUUCCAGGGACCAGGUCCACAAGGUGUACGUGCAGCACAAGAUGAAGGAGGAGAGGAAGAGGGUUUGGCGGCUGCUGAGCGGCGGCGCCGCUGUGUACAUCGCUGGCUCUUCUGCUAAAAUGCCGGCGGACGUCGUGACGGCGCUGGAGGAGAUCGUCGCCGAGGAGGCUGGUUUGGACAGCGAGGCCGCCGGCAGAUGGCUCAGGAGGCAGAGAGCCGGCGGGAUCUUCAUCGAGGCUUGGUCGUGA